ACAAACGGGCUGUGCGUGCAGGAGAGGCUUAUUUGGAUGUCUUCUGCCACGAUCCCUCACCCACCACCGACGGCUCACCGAACCCCGCUCAGAGCAGUAAAGCCAAUACUAGCACUACCAACAACGCCCGGGAGAAUGCACACCACACCUUCCACACAGACACGGGUGGUAGUAGCAGCACCAACACACACGCACGUAUGAAUACAUGGGACACGCCUGGGGAUAGUAGCCGUACGAGUAUAGCGACGUCAUUGGGAGGUGCUAGUGCGAGUGCGUUUGAGGAUGCGCUCAAGCGAACACCUGCUAACGACUCAGGACGAACUACCAAGUCGCCG